AUGUCUUCUGCUGAAGCAGAAAGAAAGCGUCGCGAAGCUCUCGCCGCUCUAAAACAGAGAAAACUCCAAAAACCGACCACUGUUGAACCGAUAAAUAUCGCAUCUUCUCCAGAAUCUCAUGUCCUAGUUCCCCCCUCAUCUUCACCAGCUCCUGUACCUACCAAGCAAUCAAAAUACUUCAGUAAUGGUAAUCACAUUGCUCAGAAAUUGAAUUAUGGUUCAAGCUCCUCGUCAGGGAUAAUUCCUUCUUCAGGGAUAGGACGGAGACAUGAGAACGGUGAUUCUCAGUCACAAAAAACAUUGACCGGAAGUCCACAAGAUGUUUUGAAAGCUUUGCAUAGUCGACAUGCACCUGAAUCAAGAUCAACGACAGCUGUAGGAUCAUCUGCAUUUUCGUAUGAUGCAGUCACUUCUCGGAAUGGUUCGCUGGCCGAUCUUUCACCUUCAUCACCUCAACCUUUGAGUAGAUUAAAAGCUCGUUAUGCCGACCCUGAUGACCCAGACUCACCUACUCGUCCAACAACAAACAUCGCUGCUCCCUCAUCACCCUCUUCAUCAUCUCGUCAACCUAGUCUAGUCUUGGCUGCUCAAUCACAUCAUAAAGGUGAAGAAGCUCGGAUAUCACAAAUGGCAAGUAGACUAUCCAAUCAAUUCAGCAAUGUUCAACAGCAUGUGAUAGUCUCGCUAUUGAAGAAAUAUCCAGAUAAUCCUGACAGAGCAAUCAAUCAAAUUCACGCAAUGAACGAUAGACCUGGAAACUCCUCCCCAAUGCAUUCACCUUCAUCUGUAUCAUUGUCGACUCCAACAAGGCUCGAAGUCUUCACACCAAAUAAAGUUAGACCUCCUGGACAAGGUCAAUCAAGACCUACUAUGGUAGCCAGAGUCUCUCAAUCCACUUCUGUAGCGCCCAAGAAUAGAGAUCCACCCAAACCAGCGAAAAAUGCAAAAUCGUCUAUUUAUGCUAACAGAGCUGUCAAUGCUAAACGAAGGGAUCCGGAUGAGAGUUCUUCGGGAGGUGAAAUGUCCGAAGGAGAUAGUGAGGGUAGCUGGUCAGGAGAUGAAGGUAGAAAGAAGAAAAGGAGAAAGGGAGAUCCGGAAGUAGAUGCGGAAGGAGAAGCUCUAAAAGCGUUUAACGAGGUGGAUGCGGAAAUGUUAACGGGUACAAUUGCUUGUAGCGAGGAACAAGCUGCUAUCGUCAUCAAGUUACGGCCUUAUGAAGAUAUUGAUGAAGCUCGACACAAGCUCACUAAAGCUAGAGGAGUCUCGUUCAAAUUAUUUGAACAAUAUACCGAGAUCAUGGAAGGUUAUGUACAAAUCGAUGCUUGUCUCAACAGGUGUGAAGCUAUAGCAAACGAUGUUGGCAAUACGCUAGCCGUAUGGAGAGGCGCGUCAAUGGCUCAAGAAAGCGUAGUGGGAACACCUCGUUCCGACGGUUUAAAUGACGUCAAAGUCGAUGUAGCAAAAGUAUCCGAAUUGCUAAGAAAAGAGACCGAUAUGAAGAAGCGAAAGAUUUUAGGGAGCUACAUACAGACCCAGCCCUCCUCGCUGAGUGAGGGAACGAUACUGAAAGAUUAUCAACUACUGGGUGUAAAUUGGUUGAAUCUGCUUUACUCCAAAAAGAUCGGUUGUAUCCUAGCAGAUGAAAUGGGUCUAGGCAAGACUAUCCAAGUCAUAUCGUUCAUUGCUCAUCUCAAAGAGAAAGGGAUAAAAGGACCCCAUAUGAUAUUUGUGCCUGCCUCUACACUUGAAAAUUGGACAAGGGAGUUUGACAGAUUUGCCCCCUCAGUCGACGUCCAAACAUACUAUGGAUCACAAGCAGAACGUGCGAGUCUACGAGAUGACCUGAAACGACGUUUCAGAUCGGGCCGAUUAGAAGUUGUUUUGGCUUCUUAUACUCAAGUCGCGGCACCGGAUGAUUUGAGCUUCUUCAGGAAGAAGAUCGAGUUUGAAACCUGCGUGUAUGAUGAAGGACAUAAGCUCAAAAGCUGUACCACAAAAGCGUAUAGUGAUUUACUAUCGAUCAAACCGAAAUGGAGAUUGCUCUUGACGGGAACACCGCUCCAGAAUAACUUACAGGAGCUGGUCUCACUCCUUAUGUUCAUUCACAAGGACACUUUCGCUGAUGCUGAGCCUUAUCUCCGAGCAAUAUUCAAAUCUCAAGGAUCUGCCAAUCUUUUAUCGCAACAGCGGACAUCUCGAGCACGAACAAUGUUAACGCCCUUCGUGUUACGUCGUCGAAAGGCACUUGUGUUGAACCUACCUCCAAAGAUUGAAAAAGUUGAACAUUGCGAAAUGUCAAAAGUUCAGGCUAAACUGUACAACGAGACAAUGCAAAGAUCUAAAAAGGUUUUACAAGAACUUUCGGAUGAUGCAUUGGAAAAUGCUGCUGUCAAUGCGGAAGAGGCGGAACAAAAGUCUACAACGAAGAAAGCUACGAAAGCUAAACCUAAGAAAGGUCAAAUAACGCCUGCUGCAAGCAGUUCAAAUAUCCUGAUGGAUCUCAGAAAAGCAGCGAGUCACCCUCUCCUCUUCCGCAGGUUAUAUACCGAUGCCAAGAUCAAGAAACUCGCCAAAGAAUGCCUCAAUACUCCUACUUAUUGUGACUCUAGGUUGGAUUAUGUUAUCGAGGAUCUUGAAUUUAUGAGUGACUACGAAAUCUCCAACUUCUGUUCAUCAUCUAUUGAAGAUGAACUCCGCAAAUAUGCUUUAGACCCCGAGCUGUUCCUCGAAGGCGGAAAGAUUACUGCGCUCCGGAAUCACAUCGAAAGAUGUAAGAAAGAGGGAAAGAGAAUGUUACUUUUCUCUCAGUUCGUAAUGAUCCUGGAUAUAUUGGAAAAAGCACUUGAUCAUUUGGGCGUGCGGUAUACCCGAUUAGAUGGUCAAACCAAAACAGAUGAAAGACAAGGUUUAGUGGACGAGUUUAACGAUGAUCCCGAAAUCACCGUGUUUCUUCUUUCAACCAAAGCCGGUGGUGUGGGUAUCAACUUGACGGCAGCUUCCGUCGUUGUCAUCUACGAUCAGGACUUCAACCCUCAUAACGACAGGCAGGCUGCUGAUCGGGCUUACCGUAUUGGGCAAGAAAAGGAAGUCGAAGUCAUCAAACUCAUCACGAAGGGGUCCAUUGACGAAGAUAUGCUGGCCAUUGGAAUGACAAAACUGCAAUUAGAUGACGCAGUAGGAGGUGAAGAAAUCACCUUGGAUGGACAAGAUAAUUCAGGACAAGACGACAACACUGCUAAAGAAACUAGGCGAUCAUUGUUGACGACUUUAAGGAACAAGUUCGUCGCUGGAGAUGCGAGUGAGAUGGAUGGUAUCAAAGAAGAGGACGAGAUUCCAUUGACAGGUAGUGUGAAGAAAGCUAGGGGUAAAGCUGCUGAGGGCGCAUAA